GAAAAACAAAACUGAAACCAGACUUCACUGAAAGCAUAAGUACGAACACGCAAGCGUUUCCGUGGCACACACAGGCUUUUCCGUGAUACGCACGCAGACACACACGCACGCAGACACACACACGCACGCACAUACUACUACUCACCUCCACAAGAUGGCUGACGAAUUUGAUAUCGACAUCUACGGGGAUCUCAAUCCGGAUGAGCCCACGAACACCCCGGCCUUCAAGAAGGAAGACGGCGCCGAUGAUGACGAAUACCUUGCCGAUAACGACCGCAAAGAUGAGGGAAAGGUCGAGGAUCAGGAGGAUACCAACAUGGAAUCGGCGGCCCCCGAUGGAGAUAAUUCGGGGAACCAGCAGAAUGCGAAGGGAGAAACUCCCAGCGGCGGCGGGCUUGUCAAGCAGAAGAGGAAGCUCGAUGAUAGACCCUACGAUCCGAAUGCCACCAGCGCGCUCUACAUCGCCGAUCUUCACUGGUGGACUACCGACGACGAUAUCCGUGGUUGGGUCAACGAGUGUGGCUGCGAAGACGAGCUCAAGGACAUCACCUUCAGCGAACACAAGGUGAACGGCAAGUCUAAGGGGGUUGCUUUCGUUGAAUUCACCUCCCCACAAGCUGCCGCAGCCGUCAAGGCGAAGGUCGAAGCCGGCUCAAACCAGCCAAUGUACAUGGGUAAGCGACACAGCGUUAGCUACACCAACCCGAACUCGAAUCCGUUCCGCACUCUGCCUAAAGAGGCGCCCCAGCGCGAUCGUCCUCGUGAUUUCCAGGCCGGCCGAGGCGCCGGUGGUCCCGACCGCGGCGGUCACAUCGGUAGUGGCGGUCCCCCUCCCAACGUUGGCGGUGGUCCGGUUGUUGGACCAGGCGCAGGAAUGAACAUGGGCGGUGGUUUCCGAGGCGGUCGUGGCGGUUUCGCUGGACGAGGCGGUGGCAACAUGGGCGGCGCUCCGUUCAUGGGAGGUCGUGGUGGAUUUGGUGGACCGGUUGGUGGACCCCAGGGAUCCCCGCAGCCGGCGUUUCAGUCCCCAAUGGGUGCUGGAUUCGGCGGACCCAACAUGCCUAUGCAGCAAUUCGGCGGCGGAAACUUCCAGGGCGGUUUCCAGGGUCGUGGUGGUAUGAUGCCUAUGCGUGGUAAUCCGGCCAUGAGGGGCAGAGGGGGCAUGGGCCCUGGAGGCAUGAUGGGUGGCGGUGGAAUGGGCAUGGGAGGAAUGGGCAUGGCCGGUGGAAACAUGGAGGGCGGUGGUUUCAACCCCAUGGGCGGCAUGGCUGGUUUCGGAAUGGGUGGAAUGGGUCCUGGUAACUUCCCGGCUCCUCAUUUCAACCCGGCAUUCUUCCCCGGAGGGCCUCAAGGAGGUGGUGGUGGUGUUCAGGGCCAAUGGAACGACAACCCGCAUCCUGCGAAGCGCCCGCGUCCGAAUGAAUAGAACUCUGUCGGCACAAACGGCUCGCUCAAUGGUAGGAGGUUGAUGCAGUAAGCCCGUCUUCGUGACUCCUUUUUUUUCUCGUUCCGCACAGCACAGAUUCCUUCCCCAUGAGCACCACAAAACCUCCCGACUAACCGACCUUGUGAUAUCUUUUCCUUUCUCUCGGUCUGGCAUUUUGGUGGUUUCCAAUUUUUCUACGGCUUUUCUGUUUUCUUCAAGGCAGGAGGGGGAUGGUGAUGGCGAUGGGGGAAAAAAAGUGAGGGGAAAAAACAAUGUGCCUUUUCUGUUUUCUGUU